CUAUUACUUCAACAACAUUGCCUACAACUUCAGAAAGUACAACAGCAGGGUCCACAACUACAGCGUCAUCAUCCACAUCUACAACAACAAACAAUCCAACAACAUCAGCAGCUGUAACUUCAGAAUCCACAACUCUUUCUUCAACAACAAUGUCUACAUCUUCAGAAACAACUGCACCUGUAACAACAUCAAUAACUACAGCAUCCUCAACUACUAACAUUCCCCACUAGUACACAAACCACACCUAUUACUUCAACAACAUUGCCUACAACUUCAGAAAGUACAACAGCAGGGUCCACAACUACAGCCUCAUCAACCACAUCUCCGACAACAAACAAUCCAACAACAUCAGCAGCUGUAACUUCAGAAUCCACAACUCUUUCUUCAACAACAAUGUCUACAUCUUCAGAAACAACUGCACCUGUAACAACAUCAGUAGCUACAGCAUCUUCAACUACUAACAUCCCCACUAGUACACAAACCACACCUAUUACUUCAACAACAUUGCCUACAACUUCAGAAAGUACAACAGCAGGGUCCACAACUACAGCCUCACUAACCACAUCUACAACAACAAACAAUCCAACAACAUCAGCAGCUGUAACUUCAGAAUCCACAACUCUUUCUUCAACAACAAUGUCUACAUCUUCAGAAACAACUGCACCUGUAACAACAACAGUAGCUACAGCAUCUUCAACUACUAACAUCCCCACUAGUACACAAACCACACCUAUUACUUCAACAACAUUGCCUACAACUUCAGAAAGUACAACAGCAGGGUCCACAACUACAGCCUCACUAACCACAUCUACAACAACAAACAAUCCAACAACAUCAGCAGCUGUAACUUCAGAAUCCACAACUCUUUCUUCAACAACAAUGUCUACAUCUUCAGAAACAACUGCACCUGUAACAACAUCAGUAACUACAGCAUCCUCAACUACUAACAUCCCCACGAGUACACAAACCACACCUAUUACUUCAACAACAUUGCCUACAACUUCAGAAAGUACAACAGCAGGGUCCACAACUAUAGCCUCAUCAACCACAUCUCCGACAACAAACAAUCCAACAACAUCAGCAGCUGUAACUUCAGAAUCCACAACUCUUUCUUCAACAACAAUGUCUACAUCUUCAGAAACAACUGCACCUGUAACAACAUCAGUAGCUACAGCAUCUUCAACUACUACCAUCCCCACUAGUUCACAAACCACACCUAUUACUUCAACAACAUUGCCUACAACUUCAGAAAGUACAACAGCACGGUCCACAACUACAGUCUCAUCAUCCACAUCUACAACAACAAACAAUCCAACAACAUCAGCAGCUGCAACUUCAGAAUCCACAACUCUUUCUUCAACAACAAUGUCUACAUCUUCAGAAACAACUGCACCUGUAACAACAUCAGUAACUACAGCAUCCUCAACUACUAACAUCCCCACUAGCACACAAACCACACCUAUUACUUCAACAACAUUGCCUACAACUUCAGAAAGUACAACAGCAGGGUCCACAACUACAGCCUCAUCAACCACAUCUACGACAACAAACAAUCCAACAACAUCAGCAGCUGUAACUUCAGAAUCCACAACUCUUUCUUCAACAACAAUGUCUACAUCUUCAGAAACAACUGCACCUGUAACAACAACAGUAGCUACAGCAUCUUCAACUACUAACAUCCCCACUAGUACAAAAACCACACCUAUUACUUCAACAACAUUGCCUACAACUUCAGAAAGUACAACAGCAGGGUCCACAACUACAGCCUCAUCAACCACAUCUCCGACAACAAACAAUCCAACAACAUCAGCAGCUGUAACUUCAGAAUCCACAACUCUUUCUUCAACAACAAUGUCUACAUCUUCAGAAACAACUGCACCUGUAACAACAUCAGUAGCUACAGCAUCUUCAACUACUACCAUCCCCACUAGUUCACAAACCACACCUAUUACUUCAACAACAUUGCAUACAACUUCAGAAAGUACAACAGCAGGGUCCACAACUACAGCCUCAUCAUCCACAUCUACGACAACAAACAGUCCAACACCAUCAGCAGCUGUAAUUUCAGAAUCCACAAUUCUUUCUUCAACAACAAUGUCUACAUCUUCAGAAACGACUGCACCUGUAACAACAUCAGUAACUACAGCAUCCUCAACUACUAACAUCCCCACUAGUACACAAACCACACCUAUUACUUCAACAACAUUGCCUACACCUUCAGAAAGUACAACAGCAGGGUCCACAACUACAGCCUCACCAACCACAUCUACAACAACAACAAAAAAUCCACCAACAUCAGCAGCUGUAACUUCAGAAUCCACAACUCUUUCUUCAACAACAAUGUUUACAUCUUCAGAAACAACUGCACCUGUAACAACAUCAGUAACGACAGCAUCUUCAACUACUAACAUCCCCACUAGUACACAAACCACACCUAUUACUUCAACAACAUUGCCUACAACUUCAGAAAGUACAACAGCAGGGUCCACAACUACAGCCUCACCAACCACAUCUACAACAACAAACAAUCCAACAACAUCAGCAGCAGUAACUUCAGAAUCCACAACUCUUUCUUCAACAACAAUGUCUACAUCUUCAGAAACAACUGCACCUGUAACAACAUCAGUAACUACAGCAUCUUCAACUACUAACAUCCCCACUAGUACACAAACCACACCUAUUACUUCAACAACAUUGCCUACAACUUCAGAAAGUACAACAGCAGGGUCCACAACUACAGCCUCAUCAACCACAUCUACAACAACAAACAAUCCAACAACAUCAGCAGCUGUAACUUCAGAAUCCACAACUCUUUUUUCAACAACAAUGUCUACAUCUUCAGAAACAACUGUACCUGUAACAACAGUAACUACAGCAUCUUCAACUACUAACAUCCCCACUAGUUCACAAACCACACCUAUUACUUCAACAACAUUGCCUACAACUUCAGAAAGUACAACAGCAGGGUCCACAACUACAGCCUCAUCAACCACAUCUACAACAACAAACAAUCCACAACAUCAGCAGCUGUAACUUCAAAAUCCACAACUCUUUCUUCAACAACAAUGUCUACAUCUUCAGAAACAACUGCACCUGUAACAACAUUAGUAACUACAGCAUCCUCAACUACUAACAUCCCCACUAGUACACAAACCACACCUAUUACUUCAAC